AUGAGGGUUCAAGAAGUGGUUGAUGAAUUACAACAGCACAAAGAGGACAACAAUCGUAGGUUCGAGCAUAUGUUGGAGAUGAUGGAAAAACGUUUUCAAUUGAUGGAAACCAAUUUUCGUGAGAUGUUGACCCAUGCUCCGAAAUCGGUUUUGGACGCAAAUUCUGCAGAAACUUCUUCUCAGUCUCAUCAUGGUGCUCCUUUUUCUUCAUUGCAUGUGGACGAUUCUCGUGCAGUUCUGAAAUUUGUGAAAACAGAGAUUCCGAAGUUUGAGGGAAAAGAACCGAACACGUGGAUUUUCAAAGCGGCUUUGUUUUUCCGGAUUCAUCAUGUUCCUGACAAUUUGAAGAUGGAACUUGUUGGUCUGCGAAUGGAAGGUGCAGUUGCGGAUUGGUAUCAAUGGGUUUUCAAUAGUGGUAGGGUUAAUUCCUGGGAGGAAUUUACAGUGGCAGUUAAUCAGAGAUUUGGUCCUUCAAAGUAUAAGGAUGUGCGAGGUGUGCUAUCCAAAUUGGUGCAGACAGGAUGUUUGUCCGAGUACAUUGCUGAUUUUCAGAAAUUAAUGAAUCAGGUAUCGAAUAUCAGUGAUGAUUUAUUGAUGACUUUCUUUAUUUCUGGUUUAUUGCCUGAUCUACAAGGAGCAAUUCAAUUGCGUGGACCUUCUUCCCUUCAUCAAGCCAUGCAAUUGGCUAUAGCUUAUGAUAGUCACCAUGGAGAGUUACGUUCUUCAGUCACUCAUCACCAGAAAAAGCCAUUUUUUCGUUCCAAUACAGUAAGCACAAUGGACAAGCCAGUACUUGGUCCAUCACUUGCCUUACCAGCCCCAAGUUCUUUACCAGUGAGGAAACUAUCCCCUGAAGAGAUGCAAAAGAAGAGGGAAUUGGGUAUUUGUUAUACAUGUGAUGCAAAGUGGACCACUAAACAUCGUUGUCCAGCCAAAAUGCUUAUAUUGAUUGGAGAACCUGAGGAUUCAGAGGGUGAAGGUGAGGAGGAGAUUGUGUGGGGAAAACCAGAAACUGAGGGAGUGAGAGUUGAUGCUGCUCUGCAUUCACUCUCGGGUCAUGAUGCUAAAUCCUUGGUUUUAUUAGCAGUUGUCAAGGAUAAGAAGGUGCAAGUAUUAAUCGAUUCUGGUAGCUCCCAUAAUUUCAUUAAUAAAGCUUUAGCUGAAGAAUUGCAUCUUCCAAUGCUGAAAGGUACAAAGAUGCGAGUGUUCAUGGGAAAUGGGGAUUUUCUACUUUGUGACAAGAAAUGCUCUCAAGUGUCACUAUUCAUUCAAGGUCACUAUUUUUCUACUGAUCUUCAUGUUGUUGAAUUAACUGAUUUGAGCAUCAUUUUGGGCAUACAUUGGCUGGUAUCCUUGGGACGUGUCACUCAAAAUUAUAGUGACUUAUCCAUGGAGUUUUCGUGGCAAAAUCAAAAGGUAUUUUUGAAGGACAUUCCAUCACAAAAAGAGUUAGCUACAUCAAGCUCUGGAACAGCAGUUUGCAAUGCCUUAUCCUUGCAGGAGACAGCACCAGUAAGCACAGAGGUAUCUCCUGACCUUUUGUUGUUGAAAAAUACCAUAUCUGUUGAUUUGUGGAAUAUUUUGGUCCAUUGCCAAAAGGUAUUUGAGAUUCCAAGGUCCCUACCCCCUUUUCGUGAUAUGGAACAUGCUAUUCAUUUGGUAGAUGCUUCCCAAACUGUCAAGGUUAAACCUUACUGA